CCGGCUCAGACUGCGGUCGGCUCCGGGACCAGAACCCGCACUUUGUUCCUGCAUCCUGGGAUCUUAAGUGAUCCGAAGCUGAUUAAUCGGCGGUCGGCGGAUCGAUCGGAGGGGAUGUCCCGGCUGCUGGAGAGCAGGAGGCAGGACAGGAUGAAGGAAAUCAACCUGAAGAAUAAGGAGAAGGAGCGUCUGAAGGAGAGGGAGAAGGAGGCCAGAGAACGGGAGGCGCGCUCCAGCAACGGCCAUCUCUUCACCUCCCUGAGCGUGUCGGCCACCACACUCUGCUCCUCCUGUAACAGGAGCAUCACAGCCAAGGAGGCGCUCAGCUGCCCAGCCUGUAAUGUCACCAUCCACAACCGCUGCAGGGACAGCCUGGCAAGCUGCGCCAAGAUGAAGCAGAGGCAACAGAAGCUGGCACUGGUAAGAAACAGUUCAGCUCUACAGAACGUCGCCUUGAGGACCAAAACUCCGAUGAUGAAGGAGCGACCCAGCUCAGCCAUCUAUCCCUCAGAUACUCUUCGUCAGUCUCUGCUUGGGUCCAGACGGGUUCGGUCCGGUCUGUCGCUUGCCAAGAGCGUUUCCACCAAUAAUAUCGCAGGGGGGGCUGAGGACUCUGUCGGUCUCAGAAGGAUUUUGUCUCAAUCCACAGAGUCGUUGAACUUCAGGAGCAGGACUUUGUCCAUGGAGUCUCUGACAGAUGACGGUGAGUGGUGGUGGAGCUCCUUGCUGGAGGAGCUGCAGGCAGACGGACUCUGCGUUCAGGCCGACAGCUGGAGUCUGGCCGUGGAGCCCACCUUCCUGCAGACACUGCACAAAGACCUCAUCAAGCAGCAGGAUGUCAUAUAUGAACUGAUCCAGACGGAGUUUCACCACGUCCGCACCUUAAGGAUCAUGGAGGGGGUGUACAGGAGGGGGAUGCUGGAGGAGGUGAUGCUGGAGGCGGGCGUGGUCCACACCAUCUUCCCCUGUUUAGACCAGCUGCUGGAGCUCCACUCUGCCUUCCUGGCGGAACUGCUGAACAGGAGGAAGGAGGGACUGGUGGAGGGUACCGCCACCAACUUCACCGUCCGCAGGCUGGGAGACCUGCUGCUCCGACAGUUUUCAGGUCAGUAUGCGGACGACAUGAAGAAACUGUACUCAGAGUUCUGCAGUCGACAUCCCAAAGCUGUCAAACUCUACAAAGAGGUCUUAACUCGGGACAGAAGACUGCAGCAGUUCAUCAGGCGUGCCUGCCGGGGUCCUCUGCUGCGUCGCCAUGGCGUCCAGGAGUGCAUCCUGCUGGUGACGCAGCGGAUCACCAAGUACCCCGUCUUAAUCCAACGGAUUCUGGACAACACCAAGGGCAGUGAAGAGGAGGCGCAGGCUCUGAAGGAGGCACUGUUCCAGCUCAAGGAGCUCAUUAGCUCGGUGGACCAGGAAGUUCUGGAGCUGGAUCGAACCAGAAGGCUGCAGGAGAUCCAGGCCCGUUUGGACCCUCGAGCCCAUGCAGAGGUUCGGGGUGGAGGAAUGUUCAGAGGAGGAGAGCUGCUGAGGAGGAAACUCCUCCAUGAGGGGACGCUCCUCUGGAAGGUUCAGGGUUCCAGGAUGAAAGAUGUGCAGGUGCUGCUGAUGUCAGACAUCUUAGUUUUUCUUCAGGAGAAAGACCAGAAAUUCACAUUCGCAUCACUGGACAAGUCUCCGGUGGUCUCUCUGACUAACCUGAUCGUCAGGGACAUAGCCAAUCAGGAACGAGGAAUGUACCUGAUCAGUAACUCCACUCCUCCUGAGAUGUACGAGCUGUACGCCUCCUCGAAAGAUGACCGCAAAAACUGGAUGAGCCGGAUCCAGCAGACUGCUCUCAGCUGUCCAUCCAGAGACGACUUUCCUCUGAUCGAAACUGAAGACAAAGCUUUACUGCGACGCCUACGAGCUGACAUCCAGCAGAAGGACAGGGAGGUGCUGGAACUCCUCCAGGAGCGCGUCACUUUGUUUUCUGACCUUGUGGAAGCAACAGCCCGAGGAGAAGCAGAGGAGGAUGGAGGUGUGGAAGUGAAGACCUCCUCCUCCUUCAGGAACCUGUUCAGAGCCGACACCCCCCACGCUCCCAAAGCCGAGCCUCUCCUCCUGGCUGCCAUCAGUGAAGUUGACAAACUGACGGUGCUGAUGUCAGACUCCAACUCCCUGAAGUCCUGCGUAACCAAUGGCAACCAGGAAAUAAGCAAUGGACUCUCCAGUUCUCUGAAUGGUUCUGUUAAACUGAACAACUGCUCCUCAAAGGAUAAAAACGGAAACCAGCUGCAAGACCGAACCCUGAAUGAGGAAGUCCGUCAAACCCUGACCAGCCUGAGUACUCAGCUUCACGCUCUGCAGGCUGCGGUGAUCCGUCAGGAUUCAAUCCUGGAACUGUCAAUCUUUGCAACCUCGUCCUCAGCCCCUGGCUCCGCCCCUGGCCAACGCCUCAUUCGGUCCGUGUCAGGGGACACAGGGCUAGAUGCCAGCGGAGAGGUGGUGCUACUCCGGCGACAGGUGGAGCUUCUGCAGGAGGAGCUGACCCGGCUACGUCUGAAGGGGGAAGAGUCAGCUAAGAAAGGGUCAGGCAAAAAGAAGAAGAAAAACAAAGAGAAACCUGAUGUCAACAAGGAGGAGCAGCAGGUGAACAGAAGGUGUGGUAGCAAGGAACUGGAGCCUCGCCCACUCGCCCCACUGGCCACAGAGGAUCCUGUUGACCAAUUAGAUGGUGUCCAGGAAGGAAAUGAGAAGGAAGAGGAAGAAGUCAUGAAGAUCUCUCCUCGUUCUGACAGUCCCAGAGACCUGCAGGACAUCCCAGAGGAGAGCGAGAGUUAACCUCACAUCUACACCUGCGCAUGUCACCAUGAUGUCACCGUGAUGUCACAGAUGGACCAAAACAUUUAGGGUGAAAUGAACUGGAUGUCAUUUCCCGAACCACAUUUUUCUUCAAACAUUUCUGGAUGUUAGAAACAGGAAGUAGAACCACAUGACCUGUUUACAUCAUCAUGUCUGCUGGAGUCAUUAGAAAAGGAGGGGCUUAGUGGAGUUGAGCUUAUUUUAUAACUUGGAGGAGUUUAUUAUGUACUAGUCCAAAUUUCAACAUCUGUUCUGGUUGGUAGUUAAACUCAGAAAACCAGCUCUGGUUCUGAUCUCAGAACCUCUUACAUCAGUAGUUGUGGGCGGGGUUGUAGUGACCAAUCAGACCAACUAAAAAAUUACCUGCAUGUUUACAACCAUAAGGAGCCCAGUCUGUCCGAUCCAGGAGACAUCUUUGAAAACUGAGCUUCAACACGCCUGAAUCCACAGAGCCCAACUCUUGGUUUCUCCUAGGUUCAGAACCUGAACUCAGAGUUACCCUUGGGUCCAGAACUGUAAACCCUCCUCAGUGUUUUCUCUGUGACAGUUCUGGUUCUGGUGUCCAUUCAGGGACGUCCAUCUGAAAUUAGAAAAUGAUAAACGCCAUCUUUGAGAAUCCUGGAUUUGGGGUAUACCUCUGGGCCCAAUCAGAAACCAGGAUAAAACAUAAACAUGUUUGUGUUUCUGGAAGGAUCAGCAACAGGACUCAGUAGUCCGCGUGCUGGACUGUUCCGGAACUACGGGAACAGGAAGGAAAACGUUUUUUUCUGUUGAGGGAAGCAGACAGUUACGUCUAUGCUUUAGUCUGAUGUCAGUGACAGGUGAACAUGAGACACAAUAAUGGUCACCACAUUACAUUUCCCAGAAUCCCUUUGGAUCUACAGCCAUUGAAACAACCUGCCAACCAGGUCUGGACUUGGAAAUCAAAGUUUAUUAAUCUGUUUGGAGUUUAUUUAUACAAAGACAUUAAAAAAAAAAUUUAACUUCUGUUUGUGGAACAUUAACAUUGGAUUAUAAACCUGUUAUAAACAUGUGGAACCAAAAAUCUUUUCAGUUUGAGGUCAAAGUUAAAACUUGUAAAUAUUUUUAAAAUGCUGAAUUUUGACAGGUCUGGGGGAGGGUGGGGGGUGAUCUGUAGAUCAGGAAGCUGUAAUCUGACAGAGGCAUCACUGCUCUUUACAUUAGCAUGUUAGCAUGGUUGUGUCUUUUAUACUAAUAUGAAUUAACCAAUCAGCUUGUUAGUGUUGACAGGUGAGAGGGGGCAUCGUCUGGUGAUGGUGAUGAUGAUACUCCGUAUAGAAAGUGUCUAUCCCCUUGUGUGACAUAAAAGCAAAAACAAAGUUUCUUCGUUUGAUCUGUCAGCUUUUGCUCCAAAAAGUCAGUCCAAGUGUUUCUAAAGAUGGUGUAACCAAGGACACCGUUGCUAUGGACAUGAUUGCAAUGGGAACUUUUUAACUAUAAACAGGUCACAUGAUGUAACACCUCCAUCCAACCUAAAUGGUCUGCUGAGAACAUCCAGGUGUUCACAUGGAGAAACCUGUGGACCCAGAAAGAAGUGGGAUAAGAUGAAGAAUCUGUUGUUCUAUCAGCUGAUCAAAACAUGAUUAAUAAACACUAUUAACCUGUAAUGUCACAUUGAUCCUCAUCAGUAACAGAAUGUGUUUUAUAUUCCUGGAGUUGCUCUGGUUUAAACUCUUUCUAAUCCUGAGUCUCAAAGCACAAGGGAAGAAUUUAUUCAGCAACUUGGAUGAUUUUCCUUGUUUUACCAUCUGUCAUUUCAGAAUAUAUGAAGUUCCAGGAUCCAAGUAAUUAUAGCUGUUUACUGGAACAUAGUUAAUAUGGAUUGUGUAACAUCCAGAUGUGAUGCUGUAUCAUCCAGAUGUUAUGAUGUAUCACCCAGAUGUGAUUCUGUAACAUCCAGAUGUGAUGCUGUAACAUCCAGAUGUGAUGCUGUAGCAUCCAGAUGUUAUGAUCUAGCAUCCAGAUGUGAUGCUGUAACAUCCAGAAGUUAUGAUGUAGCAUCCAGAUGUGAUGCUGUAACAUCCAGAUGUUAUGAUGUAGCAUCCAGAUGUGAUGCUGUAACAUCCAGAUGUUAUGAUGUAGCAUCCAGAUGUGAUGCUGUACCAUCCAGAUGUGAUGCUGUAACAUCCAGAUGUUAUGAUGUAGCAUCCAGAUGUGAUGCUGUACCAUCCAGAUGUGAUGCUGUACCAUCCAGAUGUGAUGCUGUAACAUCCAGAUGUUAUGAUGUAGCAUCCAGAUGUGAUGCUGUACCAUCCAGAUGUGAUGCUGUAACAUCCAGAUGUGAUGCUGUAACAUCCAGAUGUGAUGCUGUAACAUCCAGAUGUUAUGAUGUAGCAUCCAGAUGUGAUGCUGUAACAUCCAGAUGUUAUGAUGUAGCAUCCAGAUGUGAUGCUGUACCAUCCAGAUGUGAUGCUGUACCAUACAGAUGUGAUGCUGUACCAUACAGAUGUGAUGCUGUAACAUCCAGAUGUUAUGAUGUAACAUCCAGAUGUGAUGCUGUAACAUCCAGAUGUUAUGAUGUAGCAUCCAGAUGUGAUGCUGUACCAUCCAGAUGUGAUGCUGUAACAUCCAGAUGUUAUGAUGUACCAUCCAGAUGUGAUGCUGUAACAUCCAGAUGUGAUGCUGUAACAUCCAGAUGUUAUGAUGUAGCAUCCAGAUGUGAUGCUGUAACAUCUAGAUGUGAUGCUGUAUCAUCCAGAUGUGAUGCUGUAACAUCCAGAUGUGAUUCUUUAACAUCCAGAUGUGAUGCUGUAACAUUUCAUUGUACUUUAAUUGUAGUUAAGCUGGACUGAAGUAUUUUGUAUUGAUCUUUGAUCAGCCUCAUUGAUUAUUGCUGUAUGUCUCCAACUUAAUAAAUUUAUUCUGCUGCUUUUUGA